ACACACACACACGCACACACACAUCAGAAAGUUUUGGAGCAGUGGGAUACCGACGGGUAGGAAGUGACGGGACAGCACCAACUGCCGAGGCAGGAAUAAAAAGACAAGUCGGGAUUAUAUCAACACACAAAGCAGAAUGAGAAGCAACGUGCGGCCGUCGGACUGUUGGCUGCCGUGUCGGGGGAACUGAAUUUGCGCAUGAUCCCAUCGCCGGACAAGGAGACUUUCAAUGGAGGUGAACGAGGCUCCCAGGAGUUAAGAAAGAAAAAGAGAGCAGAUCUUUCAGUGAGGGGGACUGUCGUCUGAUUUCCAACACCGUGCUUGUGAGUGUGGAAAGUGCCGGGGGGUGGGGGACCCUAUGGAACGGCGACCCGUAAGAACCACGGCCGCGCUUCGAAUAUGAAGGGAGCGACUUUACGCCGAACCCAAGCGGCGAGCCGCGGGAUGUGAGCGCAGACCUCUGGGCUCCACCUCCACGCCUCCGUUCCUCUGCGCGCUUCGCCGUGGCCUCUACUCUUUUGGGGAUGUUUGCGAGUCGCGGCUCCUCUGCGGCUCCGGUUCGGAUACUGGCCCGUCUCUGCGCCCUGGUGCUGGUGGUCGCCGCGGGACUCGGCUCGGAGCUGCGGGUCCGCGUCCGGCUCGCCGACGGACUGGUGACCGAGGAGGUGCUGGAGGCGGACAGCGAGGGCGACUCCGUCACGCUCGAGUUCAAGCAGGGCGACGGGACACUCGUCACCUUCGUGGCGGACUUCAAACAGGAGGUGAAGAUAUUUCGAGCGCUGAUUCUCGGCGAGCUGGAAAGAGGGCAGAACCAGUACCAGGCCCUGUGCUUCAUCUCCCGCCUCAACCGCAAUGAGAUCAUCCCCAGUGAGUCGAUGGCCCGUCUCAGACAGAAAAACCCUCAUGCCAUCCGCUUGGCGGAGGAGCGGCGGGGCCUGGAGCAGCUGACGAUGAGCGCGGCCGUCAAUCUGAGUCGGGCCUCGCAGCUCAGCUCCCACAUCCACAACAUGUGCAGCGAGGCCCGAGAGGCCAUCUACACCAGGGAGGCAGAUGUCAAACACUGGCUGGACAAAGGGGUGGACGGCUCCAUGUUUGAAGUCCUGCCCCAAACAACGGAGAUGCCCAGCUUCCAGGCCUGUCACUCCACUAAAGACUUGUGGCAGCCCUGUCUCUGCACAUACAGCCUGCGCCUGGAGUGGUACCCGUGUCUGCUGAAGUUUUGUCGCAGCCGGGACACCAUAGGCAAAGGCUCUACGUACAAGUGUGGCAUAAAGAGCUGCAGCAAGGGCUACCAUUUCACCUACUAUGUUCCACAGAAACAGCUCUGUCUAUGGGAUGAGGACACCUAGCAUUUUGUUCCGGAUGCUUAAGAAAAGGGACGCACAUUUUUUUCUUUCCGCAGCCAAGCCAUUGCUCCUCCACCCAUGCUAUUCAAAGUAAACACAGUAACACUGGACCUCAGUUUGUAUGAUGACGAGUGAAGCUGUCUCAGGUGGGGAGUGGCGCGAUCCAGAUGUUCAGGCUGAAACGGAACCAAAUUCAGGUUGCAAAUGAGACCAAAACCUUUUUGAGGAGGGAGCGACGCAGCACAUUGUUUGAAGAAGACUUACUGACUGUAAGCCUUUUUUUGGGAAAUUUGACAUAUCAUUGUCAGCUACGAUGUGACCGUGCCAAGAAAAUGUCACUUUCGUGCCUUGUUUUUUUUCUUCUUCUCUUUUUGGAAAGAUUAUUGGAGCAGAUGACGGAGACCAACAACAAUAACCUCUCAAACAAACUACUGUAUGCACAAAGCUGGAAAGUGCAUUUCUGGUCAAUUAAACACCAGCAGAGGAACAGCAGGGUCCCGCUCUGAUCAAAGGAGUUACACAAACCUAAUCUUCCAUCCUAUUGAAGGAAAAUUUGGAUGGUGGAUUCAUCUUUCUUCUGCAACUCUGUGAAAAAGCAUGUAUUGCCAGCCAAACGCCUGUUUAUAACGAUGUAAGGGGGCUGACAAAAAAAAUGUUUCUCCAAUGCCUGCUUUAUUUAUUUUAGUUGCAAAGUGAAAUUAUGGAGGACUAUUUUUGUAUAAUGUUUUUAAAAAUAACCUAAUUUUUCUCUCUCUUUUUUUUCCAAUUAAACAAGCUCUUAAAUGUUCAUGUCCAACCCACAGGUCCACAUUAAGAAGUAUUUAAAAAAAAUCUGUUACCUGUUGGAGAUUGGAUGGCUGGAUUUUGGACUCCAAACAUCCAUAUGUCAUGUUACUUUACACCAUGUGCAUAAACAGGUUUAACAUUUUAUUUCGUAGAACAGGUUUAGUUCUGCUUUACCCCAUCGUCCACACCACUCGCAUCCUCAGUGUGUUUUUGAAAGCGUCAAGUAAACCAAAGUCAAAAGAAAUACUUUCAAAGGUUGUAAAGUUUCAGUUUCAAGAAACGGGCUCUCCAGUAUGGCAUUUUUCCUUGUGAUGAUUCACUAAAACUGCAGUUUAGCCUUUUAAUAAUCUACACUGCCAUCUUCUGGUUGUACAGUGUUUAGGUUUGUCGUGGGGUUUUGUUUAGUCAUCUCAAUGCCACUUUCUGUGUUGUCUCUUACUGUCAACGGUUAAAUGUUUAUAGUUUAUACAUCUCAAAUCCCUGAUCAUUCACAGGCAUAAUUUAAGGAGCACUUCUUAAACUCGUGGGACCAAAUUUCAUUUUCUCUGUCUCUUCCUUAGAGCAAUAGGUUGAAGUAUGAUUUUGGUUAAUCUUACCUCCAUCAUUUAUGUCUUUACUGCCAUAUUAAAUGUUCUUUUUUUUUUUUUAAAAUAUGUUGGUAUGUCCUGGUAACAAAAGAACCAAAUGAGUGAAACAUUUCUAAUUGUGGCCUUCUCUGGUGAUCAAGUGCCUUAACAUUUCCACUGAUAUCUUUGCUAUGUAACUAUAGUUUAAGUUGUUAAACAUAUUUUUUUUUCUAUGAAAGAGUUCUGUUUAUGCUGUAAAAAGAUUAAAAAGUUGCCAUGAGGGGAAAAUGAAGCAAUUAGGUAAUGUACCAUUUAUGAGUUGUUUUACAUGAAUUGUUUCAAUAAAGUCUUUCCUUGCACCACA